AUGGCGGUGCUCCACAACCAGCGUACCCAUAUACACAAAGAAAGAAAGCGGAUCUUCGGCACAGUGGAGCAGCAUGCCACGGCCAUGGCACAGCAGGCACAAGAGCCGGCUCGAUGGCUCAGCGCAAAAUCACGCAACAAAAAUCGAAGAGCCAUAUCCCAUUAUAAGAUUGCCGGCACGAGGACUCGGCACACGCAUCCAUCUGAUUACAAAAGGGGUAAUAAGAAGAAAAGGCGGUCACCGUGGCGGCUUGGUGCAGAUGUAGGGAUGGUGGAGAUUCGUGGUUCGGUCACCGAAUUAGGCGAUGCCGGCUCGCGGUGCGCCUCGACAUCGGGCUCAACCGUCGGGGACGUCGGGGGUGUUGUCGAGGGGGUAGCUGACAGCUUGUGGACGAGGCGCCAUGUGGCCUAA